UUGUUGAUGCCAUUUUCACAAAAUGAUGUCAAGAGUAAUGAAUGCAGUAAAUAAAUAUGUACCCAAUCUGCUUAUAUGUUCGUUAGCUUUUUAUGUAGACUAUAAAUACGUAGGGAAUUGACUAAGAACACGUUAGAGUAACUGCAGCAACAUGUCGAGCCGGGUGCCUAUUUUUGUUUUGGUUAUCAUAUUGACUAUACUCUUAUCCGACAUAAGAAGUGAACAGCAAAGCGGCGAAACUCAUUUGGAGAACGCCAAUCAACAGCUUCAAUUUAUUUUGGAUACCAUAAGUCAACACGAGCGUCAGAGAGCACAAGAAAUUAUUGAUAACUCGAAAUUGGAUAACAGAAAACAGCGACCAAAUAGCAAGAGAUUAAGAUGGAAUCGAAAAACGACUACCCCAAAUCGCAAGGAUCUUGGAAAAUUGGAACAUAGAGCAUUUGUUACCUCCUCCUCGUUAUCUCAACAACAAACCAAUUCGGAUUACAUUAAUGUAAAUAAUUAUUUGCCCACCCCUGCUCCUUGGUGGUUUAACUAACCGUUGACUUUACUUAUAUUUAGUUUGUAUUCUUUGUAGUUCUUAUUCGUUGAGAACUAAGCAAUACUACCAUUUUUUUUUUUGAUUAUUCCAUACAUGCUAGCUUAU